AUGAGUUCAUCCAAACUCCAGGAAAGUGAGGUGAGAAUCGCACACUCUCUACAUAUGAAGGAGGAGGAGUUUGUUGUCAAAAGGAGAAAAAAAGUUUUUCACAGCCUGAAGAAACUCCAAAUAGACUGCAGUCAGGAUAAAGUGCCUCACUUUGCAUUACUUGGUUCUGGAGGAGGACAAAGAGCCAUGGUGGGUUUGCUGGGAUCCCUGGAUCAGCUUGAUAAAGCAGGUCUUCUGGACUGCAUCCUUUAUCUGAGCGGAGUCUCUGGAUCCACCUGGUGCAUGGCCUCCUUAUACCAAGAACCAGACUGGUCCACCAAACUAGAGACUGUGAAGGACAAAAUCAUCAGGAGACUCAGCGGUCCAGGAGUCAGCUGGGGAGACGCAUUUGCCAAACUGAAGAAAUAUUACUAUGAGAAAGACCACUUCAGCUUGACUGACGUCUGGGCAGUGAUGGUCGUCACAGAAUAUGUAAAAGAGAUUGACGAACACACACUCACAGAGAAGCAGAACCAGCACAGUGAAGACUUGUUUCCAAUCUACACAGUGAUUGACAAGCAAUGCAAACAGAGUAAGGAGGAGAAAGGUCUGUCAGAUGCCUGGUUUGAGAUCAGUCCACAUGAAGCGGGUUAUUCUCUCACUGGAGCAUUUGUGAAAACAUCCAGCUUCGGCAGCCAGUUUGACAGUGGCUCAAAUACAAAACCUCAGCCUGAAACAGACAUGCUGUACCUGCAAGCUCUUUGUGGCAGUGCUGUAGCUGAUGGAGACGAGAAUAAGAAAAUCCUCUGGCAAAAAAUAAAAGAUUUCUUUAAACAUUUAUUACAGUUGGAGAUGUUUGAGGAAAUUAUGGAAGAAUACCAUAAAGCCCCGCCUGCAAAAGAUGGUUACCAGGUGCUCAUGGAUCUUGUGGACAUGAAUCUCGCUGUUUUAAAUGGCAAAAAUCCUUCAGAUCUUGAUCAAUCCAUCAGAAAAACACUGAAUGAGCUCAGUGGAGGCAAACGUCAGCUGAUUUUUCCUACAGAAAAACUGAAUAUCACUGAUAAACAAGAUGCAACACUGUAUAUGAAGCAAUACACUGAAGAUGUGUGUAAUAAUUUGAGUAGUUGGUUCAGUUGCUGGCCUUUCGAUGUUUGGAUGAGCAUUUGUAGAUGCAUGGCUCAGUGGAUCUGGGGCAGGAAAUAUGACUUUCUUCAAAAAAUGAAUGAUAAAACAGUGCCUUCUACUCUUCUGAAAAGUGAGACAAGAGACUAUGAAGAUGCCGGACUGUUGCUGAACUCACCCUACUUCUCAGUGCUGAGAAAAGAAAGAAACGUGGAUCUCAUCAUUUCCCUGGAUUUCAGUGAAGGCGAUCCUUUUAUGACAGUGAGAAAAGCUGCUGAGAUGUGCAAGAAACAAAACAUCCCUUUCCCUGAAGUCAACAUCCCCAGUGAAGACCUGAAGAACCCAAAGGACUUCUAUGUGUUCAAAGGCACAAACACUCCAACCGUGAUUCACAUCCCUCUGUUUAAUGUGGUCAAUUGUGGAGGUGAUAUUGAGAUGUGGCGUGACAAAUAUGGGACCCUUCAAGAUUCUUACAGCGCUGAGAUGAUCACUGAUCUUAUGGAGGUUGCUGGAAAAAACAUCUCAAACAACAGAGAGAAAUUGCUGGAGCAGAUUCAAGCAGUCAUAAAUUGA